UGGUCGAGCGGCGUCCUGGGCGCCGAGCUGCGGGCGGUUGGGGAUGGACUCUCAGACCGCCGGGGCCCCGGCGCUGGGGGCGGCGGAGCCGCCGCCGGGUCUGCCGCUGCUGAGCACGCGGAAGGCGCCCCCCAGGCCGGGGGCUUCCUUUGCCCCAGCUGGCCACGCCGGUCAGGAGAGAGAGACUGAGAAGGCCGCGGAUCGACUAGCCAGUGGAGCACAGAGCAUCCCUCAUGAUAGUCUUGCCCAUGGUGAGGGCACCCAUUGUGAAGAGGAAGGCUUUGCUGUGGAUGACGAGGAUUCUGAUGGGGAACCGAAUCCCUGGGAGCUGUCAGAAGGGGUGUCCGGCUGUCCACCCAGGGAACAGGCUGCUGAUCUUUUUAACGAGGACUGGGACUUGGAGUUGAAAGCAGAUCAAGGGAAUCCAUAUGAUGCUGACGACAUCCAGGGUUGCCUUUCUCAAGAGGUCAGACCCUGGGUGUGCUGUGCCCCGCAAGGAGACAUGAUCUAUGACCCCAGUUGGCACCAUCCACCUCCACUGAUACCCCAUUAUUCCAAGAUGGUCUUUGAGACGGGACAGUUUGAUGAUGCCGAAGACUGAGGGCAUAGCUUUUGCCUGGUGGUCAGGACCAUCUGGCAAAAGGUGCCCAGGCCUUGAGCAUACAGAGAACCUGAUGGACCCAGAGGGGCCGUGGGACAAGGAGGACCUGUGAAGAUGGAUAUUGGAUGACGUCAUGCACUGCUUGAGGAAGUGAGAACCCCAGAAGGCCCAGAUGGAAGCUCGGGGUCGGAAAUUGGGAUGGUCAGAGAGAUGACAGUUUUGCUUCUUGAACCCCCAAGAUGCAGGAGAUGCAGAGUUAACAGAAGCCUAGAUGAGAACGACUUACUGCUGGGGUCAGGGGACCAGGCCAUCAGGAUUCUCCGGUCCUCCCCUUUGAGUCAGAGACAGAAAUUUCCCCAGGAGACAUGCUCCCACAUUCUGACCAUUGCAAGUCUUACUUCCACUGUAGCCAUGUGACUUUUUCUCAUCAAUGACAAGUGAGUGGAAGUGAAGUGUGAUGCUUGUGGGUCAACUUUUAAGAAGCAAUGAAACCUUUCCACUUUUUUGUUUUCUUUCCACUUGCCAUAAAGAGGCCCCAGGGGAUGGUAGGGUCACAAGAUGGAAGGAACUUGGGUUCCUGUGUCACCACAUGGAGAAAAGCUGCCUGUUCACCAGGAACACUGAGAUUAACUGAGGAUAGGAUCUGCAUGGCCCUCUGAAGGCUUUCCCAGCCCAGUCCUGCCUCCUCGGCCUUUAUCUUUCAUAGUUACGGCCCUCCAGCAAAUCUUUCACGCCUAACUCCAGCUCUGCAUCUAAGUCCAGCAUCUGCUUCCUCGACGACCCAUAUCGACAUAGAAUCACAAAAUGGUGGAAGAGUCUGUAAGAACUCUGAGAAACCAAAGAGGAAAGACUAAUGAAAGACAGGAGACGAAAGAGAAAGCAGCAUGGAAAGCAAAUUCUAUAGUAACAAAGAUGGACAGAUAACACUGAAAAAAGAAGGGGAUGAUUGGAAACAAGAUGACUGCUUUCUAGAAGUCCUGGCUGUUAGUAAUCAAUAAAGUCUGAUGAAUGUGGAAAAACAGAACACAGUAAAAAUGUGUUACAGCUGAGUGUCUUGCAAUGCAAGCGAGUGUGAAUUAAGUGCUAAACACAUAAAUAUAUGAAAGUAGUUGUAUCUGUUGUAACUCACGCCGCUACAGGAACUUUUAAGAGUUGCUAAUAAAAUAUUAAUGCAUUUUA